GGCAGGCAGCAAGGGCAGGCGCGGCAGUGCCCCCGGCGGAGCCCGCGACCCCGGCCCGCAGCCCGCAGCCCGCUGGCACCAUGCUGCCCGCGCGCUGCGCCCGCCUGCUCACGCCCCACUUGCUGCUCGUGUUGGUGCAGUUGUCCCCGGCUCGCGGCCACCGCACCACCGGCCCCCGGUUUCUCAUAAGUGACCGCGACCCUCAGUGCAACCUCCACUGCUCCAGGACUCAACCCAAACCCAUCUGUGCCUCCGAUGGCCGGUCCUAUGAGUCCAUGUGUGAGUACCAGCGAGCCAAGUGCAGAGACCCCGCCCUGGGUGUGGUACAUCGAGGCAGAUGCAAAGACGCUGGCCAGAGCAAGUGUCGCCUGGAGCGGGCUCAGGCCCUGGAGCAAGCCAAGAAGCCCCAGGAGGCGGUGUUUGUCCCGGAAUGCAGCGAGGAUGGCUCCUUCACCCAGGUGCAGUGCCACACUUACACGGGGUACUGCUGGUGUGUCACCCCAGAUGGGAAGCCCAUCAGUGGUUCUUCUGUGCAGAAUAAAACUCCUGUAUGUUCAGGUUCAGUCACCGACAAGCCCUUGAGCCAGGGUAACUCAGGAAGGAAAGUCUCUUUCCGAUUCUUUUUAACCCUCAAUUCAGAUGACGGGUCUAAGCCGACGCCCACGAUGGAGACGCAGCCGGUGUUCGACGGGGACGAAAUCACAGCUCCCACUCUAUGGAUUAAGCACUUGGUAAUCAAGGACUCCAAACUGAACAACACCAAUGUAAGAAAUUCAGAGAAAGUCCACUCAUGUGACCAGGAGAGGCAGAGUGCCCUGGAGGAGGCCCGGCAGAACCCCCGGGAGGGCAUUGUCAUCCCAGAGUGCGCCCCUGGGGGGCUCUAUAAGCCGGUGCAGUGCCACCAGUCCACGGGCUACUGCUGGUGUGUGCUGGUGGACACGGGGCGCCCGCUGCCUGGGACCUCCACACGCUACGUGAUGCCCAGUUGUGAGAGCGACGCCAGGGCCAAGAGCACGGAAGUGGAUGAUCCCUUCAAGGACAGGGAGCUGCCAGGCUGUCCGGAAGGAAAGAAAAUGGAAUUUAUCACCAGCCUCCUGGAUGCCCUCACCACGGACAUGGUGCAGGCCAUUAACUCAGCAGCGCCCACUGGAGGCGAGAGGUUCUCAGAGCCGGACCCCAGCCACACCCUGGAGGAGCGAGUGGUGCACUGGUACUUCAGCCAGCUGGACAGCAACAGCAGCAACGACAUCAACAAGCGGGAGAUGAAGCCCUUCAAGCGCUAUGUGAAGAAGAAAGCCAAGCCCAAGAAAUGCGCCCGGCGCUUCACCGACUACUGUGACCUGAACAAGGACAAGGUCAUCUCGCUGCCUGAGCUGAAGGGCUGCCUGGGUGUGAGCAAAGAAGGUGGUAGUCUUGGCAGCUUCCCCCAGGGAAAACGAGCAGGCACAAACCCAUUCAUAGGACGCCUCGUCUAAGAAGCAGAAAACCAAAGGGCAGGUGGCGAGACCCGGGAGGCAGGACGGAUCACCAGACGCCUGACCUUCGACCUUGCCACGGCCCAGCCACAUCCCAUGUAACAUGAGUGGUGCCCACCCUGUUUGCACUUUUAAUAACUCUUAUUUGCGUGUGUUCUUUUUGGUUUCAUUUGUAAACACCAAUAUCUAAUACCACAGUGGGAAAAGGAAAGGGAAGAAUGAUUGUUUAUUCUCUCUCUUAUUGUAAGUUUUUGGAUCUGCUACUGACAACUUUUAGGGGUUUUUUGGGGGGUGGGAGGGAGGUGCUGCAGGACUGAGAAGAAAGAGAUUUAUAUACUGUAUAUAAAUAUAUAUGUAAAUUGUAUAGUUCUUUUGUACAGGCAUUGGCAUUGCUGUUUGUUUAUUCCCUCCCUCUCCCUGCUCUGGGUGUGGGAGCUCCGGCCACACGGCCCAGCUUCCUACAACCCAGGGCUGAGUCCCCAGCCCACCUGCAUUCUGUUUGGAAACUGACCCCGUGUGCACAUGGGUGGGGGCCUGUGAUUAUAUUGCAGACUCCCCCAGUCCUUUCUGGCGGGAGGAGGGAAUCGCCCCACGUCAUCGUAGCUGUCAAGGUUGGCAAGCCACACCACCAUUGGCCUUCUCAAGGGAGCUUGGGUUGGGGGAGAGGUGGAGGGAGGGGAAUAGGCAGCUCAGACACCAGUUCCCCCUGUUACCCAGACCCCCAGGUGGCCCUGGGCCCAUAGGCAGACCAGGAUUCUAGUGACCCCCCGUGCAGAUGUCCUCAGAGGAUUUGCAUCAACAUUUCUCCCACAUUUAGUACCUACUCUGUAAAACAUGAGAGGGAGGGCAAAGAGGAAAAAGGCACACAGUGGGGCUCUUAUUUAGAGGUCAGUAUUUAAGCAGCGGAAGGAAGAGGACAGAAAGCAUCGUUGGCGAAUGCAGGGCCCGCAGAAGGGCUCCUCCCCUGCAGGCCCGCAGGGGAGGCUUCUGAGACCUGGCCCUCCUAGGCUGCCAGGUCCCACUGGGUGUUCCCUCCACUCUCCCCGUCCCUGCCAUCUCAGUGAUCAGCGCAGCCUGGGGGAGGAGUGGGGUCCCGCACCUUGUAGGUAACCGAAUGGUUUUAUUUUUUAACCCUGAGGUUCUUCCUGUUUCCUCAAAUGCUUUUAAGGGCUUCCAGGCUUGAGGCCAAUUCCAGCUCGACCCUGACCUUGGGCCUCCUACUUCUGUCUCUCCUGGGAGUGCAGGAAUAAUAACCCAGUUGGGGGAAUACUGGCCUCGCUUUCGUCAGACCUUUUCCCAGGGUUCCAGUGGGGGCUGCCCCGCCUUCGGGCAGAGCAGCUUCCUCUGCCCAGGUGACCAUGCCCCCUCAGACAGAGAGCAAGUGACACUUGGCGCCUCAUCCCAGGAGCAGCUGUGACAGCAGGGAGGGAGGGCGGGUCCCCCGGGGCUUGCUCUUGCGAAUCUGGCCUUCUUUGGCAUCGCGUCCCAAUGUUCCCAUAGGUGCACCCACCUUGCAGACGGUGUAUCCCACCUGGGUCUGGAGAGCUGGCCCCUCAAGGCCUGACUGGGGGGAGGGCCCUCCGGGAGGAGCAUGGCCUUUUGUGACAUGGUCUGAAGGUUCUGGCUGUCCUGGAGAAAGUCCUAGAGUUCAUCUCCAGAUGACUGGAGGCCCUAUCCCAACAUGGGGACGUGAAAGGCAGCCCUCGCCCAUUUCCACCCCGAGAACUGGGCGUGCUGGCACUGGACGGCCCUGCCGGGAGACCCAGCCCCCUUCUGGGCCUGCAGGAAGCAUUCAACACGGAGAAGGUGCCUUCUGGAGAAACCCAGCUCUCCCCCAGGCUUCCUCCUCCUCGCCUGUGUAGCUGUGCUGUGUGCUUUUCCUUUGUGAGGAGGGAGGGACACUAUUUGUAGCUUGUUUUAUGACAAAUAAAAAUGGGUAAACCUUG